AAGUGAUUCGUGCACGGACCCUCUAACCAUCGAGAUGUCGUGGAGUCUGAGUGCUAGGGGCCACCCUGGCCUACAAGCUCCCUGUAGCUCGCUAGCGUCGUGUUUGCCCGCCGAACGAACUUCCAGAGCGGCGCUGCCUGCAGGGGAAUGCAACAAGUGGAAUUCGCGAUCACCUCCUUGGACAUGUGCUUUGCGACAACUUGCAUCCCACCACCCCCUUUCUCGACUCGACACUCCAAACGUCCAGAUAUAUUGCUACACGGCUGUAACAUCGACUAAAGGCUCUUUGAGCUUUCCAAGACAAGUCAUCCGCCAUGGACUUCCUCAAAUCGGCUGUCGCAUCGGCCAUCGCAAAGGGGCCCCCAUUCCCCUAUAACUUUGGCGACAAGGUCGAUCUGGACCCCUCCAUCUGGACCCUUUACAACGGAACUCGACGCGAGGACGGGUCCAACUGCAGCAUCUUCUCCUUUGAUAUCUCCGCCAACCGAUCUGCGCUUCCCCUGGCCAAGAAUGCGCUCAAGAAGCUACGAACACUACGACAUCCCGGCGUCAUCAAGGUCUUGGAUACGGUCGAGACAGACUCCUACAUCUACAUUGCCACUGAGCGGCUAGUUCCCCUAAGUUGGCACGUCAAGAGAAAGAGCCUAAGUCCGGAGACUGCGAAAUGGGGUCUUUAUAGCGUAGCGAAAACCCUCAAGUUCAUCAACGGUGACGCAUCCUCGAUACACGGCAACCUCAAGGUCGCCUCGAUAUACACAUCCGAGAGCGGCGAGUGGAAGCUUGGCGGCUUUGAAGUCCUGAGCAAUGUCAAGGACGACGAUGCUUUGAUUUACAGAUACGGCAGUGUUGUGCCAGACUCAGGAAGGUACACUCCUCCUGAACUUGCAAACGGCGGUUGGGAUGUUAUCAAGAAGAGCCCGCACCAUGCGGUUGACUCGUAUGAUUUCGGCAUCCUGAUCUACGAGGUCUUUAACGGCAGUUUUCUGGGCUCGGACCAACUAGGACAGACCAAGAGCAUCCCACCGAGCAUGCAAGCCAGCUACAAGCGCCUCAUCAACGCCAACCCCAAAGCGAGACUCAGCGCCGCUCACUUCCUCGAACAAGGACUACGGACUGGAGCCUUUUUCGACAGCCCAUUAAUCAAGCUUACCGAAGGAGUUGACAACUUGGGAGUGAAGUCGGAAACCGAACGCGAGGCUUUCCUGGAGGAUCUCGAUCAACUUUCUGACGACUUCCCUGAAGAUUUCUUCAAGAUGAAGGUCCUACCCGAGCUACUAAAGUCAGUAGAAUUCGGUGGCGGUGGUCCUAAGGCCUUUGGAGUAGUGAUGAAGAUUGCAACAAAGCUGUCGAACGAGGAUUUUGACACAAAGGUUACUCCUGUCGUCAUUCGCUUAUUCGGAAACCCCGAUAGAGCGAUCAGGGUGUGUUUGUUGGACAACCUGUCGCUCAUGAUCGACAGGCUACCACAGAAAGUGGUAAACGACAAGAUCUUUCCGCAAAUAGUUGCGGGUUUCACCGAUCUUGCACCCAUUGUGCGCGAACAAACCCUCAAGUCCGUACUAGUUAUCAUCAGCAAACUGUCGGACCGUACCAUCAAUGGCGAUCUGCUCAGAUACCUCGCCAAGACCGCCAACGAUGAACAGCCCGGUAUUCGUACCAACACUACAAUCUGCCUUGGCAAGAUCGCCAAGUACCUGGGAACCUCCAACCGAGCCAAGGUUCUCAUCGCCGCCUUCACCCGCUCUCUGCGGGACCCCUUCGUCCACGCCCGCAACGCCGCCCUGAUGGCUCUCGCCGUCACAGUCGAGUACUUCUCCGACGAAGACUGCGCCACGCGCCUAAUACCCGCCGUCUCCCCCCUGCUCAUCGACAAGGAGAAGUUAAUCCGCGACCAAGCCAAUAAGACCAUCGACGUCUACCUCCAACGCAUCCGCAAAGCCCAACAAGACAUGCCCGAAACCGUAAUACCCCCCGAAACCGCCCAACCACGAAUGAGCACCCCUCAACCAGCCGAAGCCGUAGCAGCCUCGAGCUCCGGCUCUGGCGCCGUAGCCGCCGCCUGGGCAGGCUGGGCCAUCUCCAGCUUCACCAACAAGCUCUCCAGCGCAGCGGGGGAGAUGCAACCCAACGGUUCUGGUGCGCCCUCGCCCGUUCCGAGCGCCAGCGGGCUACCCACGCCCACCUCUACCACGACUCCCAAACGGCCCACCUCAUCUUCUGCUUCGGCACUGCAUAGACAGGCACUCAAAUCCCCAGCGCCCACAACUCCAUCAAUGGGAGACUCCUUCUUUGCUGACCCCGAACCGCAAGAAGACGACGCAGACGCUUGGGGCGAUAUGGGUGAUAUGGACGACGACACGGCAGCGGGCGCGGGGGAUGAUAACUGGGGCACUAGCUCUGAGACUCUUUCACAACCAGCGUCAGCAUCAGCAAAAAGGUCAGUAAGCAGUAGUAGCAAACCAGCAUCAACCAGCACACCCUUCGGCGAUGAUGAUGAACCGGAUUUCGCGGGGUGGUUGGCGGCGCAAGCGGAGAAGAAGAAGAAUCCCUUGGCCGCACCGAAAACCCUGCCCAAGGGGCUGGCCAAGACGGGGACGGGGGCGGGGGCGGGGACGGCAAAGGUGGCGCCGACAACGACGGUGGUGAAGAAGACGUUGCCUAUUAGCAAGAAACCUGCACCGGCGACGGUGAAAAAGAUUGAUACGAAGCCGAAGGCAGAUGUGGAUGGGGAUGAUGGGUGGGGGGAUGGGUGGUAAUCAUUAUGGUGGUCGGUGGUGAGGUGGUGGGGUGAGGUGGUGAGGUGCCAAGAGAGAGGGUUGGAUUAGAGUUUGGGAGGGAGGGGGAGUUAGUUGUGUUAGAGUCCAAGGUCAGGUCCUACUUAGUUUGUAAUAGAUGGGACGAAGCAAAUGAAGCGAAUCGUCCGGUUGGGUACUAUCAAAUCUGGUUGUGUG